UGUCUCCAGUUUGAAUUUAGCAUUUCGCAGAGAUAACAGAAGUACAAUUAAGUCUUGAAAUAAAAGUCAGAUUUGAUAAUACGUUUUGUUCAGUUGAGUAAAAAAAUUCUAAAAUUGAACUUGAAAAAAUAAUGGCACCUUCUUGCGUUUUUUUGUUCAUCACAACAUUUGUCUUAGCAAAUGUGAUAAACGCUCAACCUGAAAUUGUACCAAUCAGAGAUUGUGGACCAAACGCUGUAUGGAGUCGUUGUCAAAUGCCCUGUUCACCUUCUUGUGAUAGUAUUAAUAAUCCGAAUCCUAUCAGAUGUAAUUCAUUAUUAUGUCGUGCUGGAUGUAAUUGUAUGCAAGGAUAUAUAAGAAAAUCGAAAAAUAGUGUGGAAUGCGUUUUAGAGGAAGAUUGUCCGAAAAAAGCAACUCCUAGACCAAAUCAGCGAUGUGGACGUUUUGCAGUAUGGAGUGAUUGUGCUUCAUAUUGUCCUCCGAAUUGUAAAGAUUUAAAUAGUCCAAAUCCAAUUAUGUGUCCCGCGGUGUGCGUAAAGGGUUGUGUAUGUAUUGAGGGUUACAUUAGAAAAGAUUUAAGUGACCCUAAUUGCUAUCCAAAUUCAAUCUGUCCCGUCAUAAGGCCAUCAGUUGAUGAAUAAUUUAUCCGAAAAAGAAAAUCUUGCCUUUUUUUAAAAAUUGAUAAAUAAAAUUGUAUUUUUACUGUACAAUAAACUUGAUAAAGUAUUAAAA